GAUAUACACGCGCCACCGGGCGGCCAGCUUUUUCGGCCUGACGGGCUUGCUCAAUCCAAGUCAAAAGGCUAAGAUCCCAGACUUCGAGAUAGGCCUCUAUACCGAUACAGCACUAUAGCUUUCGUAUCCUGACGAGACCUCGCUAGCGACUGCUCACUGAGGCCCACAUUGCCCAACUGUUGUAAACGCAACCUCAAGACUCGAUCAAGAGCAGCACACCUUCCUCCGGUGAACAAAGAAUGGAUCUACACUACAACCUGAUGAUCGGCGCCUAACUCGAAGCAAUAAUCCAUGGCUUGGACGAAGCGAAGCAGCCAGGCUGCUACAAGUAUUUCGAACUUUCGACGACAUGGUGGCCAGACGAGGCAGCCAGCCGAACCACCAUGGAACCACCUCUGUGCGCGCACGGUCCCGUCUCCCGACCGACGCGACAGGCGAGCCGGGACGGCCACCGAUCAGACCGCGCGCCAUCCCCGCCGGCAGCCCGGCAGACGUGCAGCUGCAUCGCACGCCGUCAUCGGCACCCACUCCCCGCACUAAACCCCACAAAGGUCUCGUCGCCUUUUCCGCACAGCACCAUCCGCCACUCCAUGAUCGCUCCCCAACCACGCCUCGCCCACACCCACAUGAUCGCGCGCUAGCUUUGCAGGACGUCGCGCGGCCAAAGCUUCCGCCUCGUUCCCCCUAUAUAAUCGAGCGGCGCGCCGGAGGCUUUCUCGCAUCGGUGAUCAGCAUCCAAGUGUCCGAGCGCGUGUGGUACGGUGCGCGAGAGGGAUGGCGAGCGGCAGGGGCGGCUGCGCGGCGGCACGUCCUCUAGUAGUGCUGGUGGCUUUCGUGUGCUUGCUGUCCUGCGGCCUCGCGCAGGGCCGCGUGGCGAGGAAGGACCUCGGCCUCGGCAUCGACGUGGGCGGCGGGCAGGGCGCGGGGCUGGGUCUCGGACUGGGGCUUGGGCUCGGGGUGGGCACUGGUGGUGUGUCCGCGUCCGGGUCCGGUUCUGGGUCUGGAUCCGUGGCCGGGGUGGGGUCGACGUCCGGGUCCAGGUCCGGGUCGAUUUCCGUUGGUGGGGCGAGCUCGUCCGCAGGGUCGAGUGCCGGAUCGUCUGCUGGGUCGAGUGGUUCGGGGGCCGGGUCUUCUGCUGGGUCUGGUGGCGGGCAGGGCUUCGGGCAGGGUGGUGGGAGCGGGUCUGGUUCCGGGUACGGUGAGGGCAGUGGGUCUGGCCAUGGGUCGGGGAAUGGGGUUGUUGGCAUAGGAUAUAGUGAAGGAUACGGUCAUGGGUCACCUGGCUCAGGUGGAAAUCCUUGAUCGAUCGUGUUGCAGCGUCCUUGGAAAGACUUAACAAAAUCCUACCAUGCUUAUUACAAACUGCUUACUGAUUAUUACUGCAUAAUCAUCGUCAUUUGGCACAGCUAGGAAAUAAGCUAGGCCAAACAUGGCAAAAAAGUGUAAUGUUUAUUUGCUGAAAAGUUGUCUUGAAGAGAAGUGCAUUUUAAUUUCC